CUCUCAAUCAUGUGGAAGAAAUAACAGAUUAGGAUUAUUCAGAAAAUCUCCUGACUUUAUUCAAAUGACUUCUGUCCAUUAAAUAGACAGUACAACCUCUGAAAGUAUGCAACUGAAACUAAGAAAUAGGGAUUACUAUUCCGUGUCCAACAAACUGAUAUGCUCCUAAAGACAAGAAAGAAACAGAAUUAACUUCCUAAAGACUAGGUCUGCAGCUGAAUGGUUCCACUGAAGUAGCAGAGUCAGUUUGCUUCCUGGAGAAUAGUUCUGCAGUAGCAACAGUAUUAUUCUUGACAAAUCAAUCAAGAACCUAAACAAAAAUCAAGAUUUAACCAAAUACCCAUCUGAUUCUGUUUGAAAUCCAAAUGGGUCGCAAGCAAACCGUUCCAGAACUCGGUCGUUAUGGACUUCUGGCUCUUUUCGUUAUGGGUACAAUCUCCUGUUGCAUGGUCUACCUUUGUUUCUCUGCAUUGUUUAGACCACCGAAUAGUAAUACAGAGUUUGUGGUUUCAAAAGUUAGUGAUGGUUUGAAGAGCGAAGAUGCAGAUGGGGAUUGUUGUAGAGGGAUUGAGCAUUUGGAGCUAUGGGGUGAUGCUGUCAAAUGGGGUUCUGAAUUUAAAGUCAAUUCUUCUAAAGCUUGUUGCUUGGCUUGUAAAGGAAUGUGUAGCGGUGACAGGGGGCCUUGUUUGUGUGAUUCUUGGGUGUUUUGUGGAGAUAAACAGGCUUGUGGUGAUAAAUUUGGCGAGUGUUGGCUGAAGAAACAGAAGGACACCUUGGAGCCUGAUCGGCUAGACUCAGGGGACCAUGUUAUGUGGACUUCUGGAAUUGUUUUUGGGAGAGGAGAGGGCAUCAUUGGAUUGGAAACGGAAUAUGGGACACUUCAUCUAAAACUGUUACCUGGUUGUGCUCCACAUUCUAUUUCAUACAUUCUUGAUUUGUUGGUUUCGCACCAUUGUGUGGGUUGCCACUUUUACCGUGCUGAAAGCCGGGGAAAGUCGUGGGAUUCAGAAGGAAAUCAUAUUGAACAGGCUCCAUAUGGCCCCCCGUUUGCACUAAUUCAAGGAACUCUUGGAGCCUAUGGAACAAUUUUUGAGGAUAUUCCAACAGAGGCUUGGCCUACAGUUAGAAGAGGUUCGGUGGCAUGGGUUGAGUCUGGCCCAGAAUUCUUCAUCAGCCUAGCCAAUCACAAUGAGUGGAGUAAGGCAUAUACGGUGUUUGGUUUCGUUCUUCCUGAAGAUAUGGAAAUUGUAGAGAGAAUUGCACAGCUUCCAACCAAACCAGAGGUGUGGGGUAAUAUUAAUGUUGCUGUCUUGGAAAAUCCUGUUCCGUUACAUGUCCGAAGAAUCAAGAGAAGUGCCGGAAACCAAAAGCUUUACACAAACUGAGACACCAGAUCAAGUGGGUCUUAGUUUUUUGAUGUUUAUUGUCAGCUCAUAUGGACCAACGGGGUGAUUUGAACCCAAACUUUUGUUAGCUCCUAUCUGUAAUGAAUCUAUGUGUUAUAUAAAUUUACACCCUGUACAUUUUGUAGAUUAGGAAAAAGAAGAGAACAAGAGAAAUUAAGGGUAAUAAAUCAUUGAAAAUCUAUGUUCAA